AAGCUGGCAACUCUGAAAAUAGUAGUUCUGAAGAUAGUAGUUCUAAAAAUAGUGGUUCUAAAGAUAGUGAUUCUAAAGAUAGUAAUUCUGAUAAAGAGAAUAUACCCUUAACCAUUAUGCUUAAGAAUCUAUAUAAAGCUGCAACUAAAAGCAGGCCAAAAUCAUCUAGCCACAAAAAUAACAAAAAAGAAAAACAAUUAGUGAAAAAAUUGCUCAAUGGUAGAAAGAGAAAAUGUGGUCCCAAUCAAUGCAGCUACUGCAAGAUAACAGGUUACAAUAUUGCAACAUGUUCCAAAAAGGCAAUAGA